AGCCGCAACCUUCAGCAGCAAAAUGAACCGUGCACUUUUCGGAAGCUUGGUAGCCAUCUCGGCCACGGAAAGUAGCCGCGGUGUGAGUAGCCUUGCCGGAGCAGGGGAACCACUUGAGCCGGUCGUCGUUGUCGGAAGGCGCAACAGUUUGCCACCGGCUCCUCCAAUCUUUAAGCCGAUUGUCCCAUCGAAGGUUAACGGGUUGGUAAGUCGGAACGGUGCGCAGCUGCAUCACCAUACCCAGAACGGUCACGGCAUGACGAACGAUCGUCCCGCCGAGCUGUCGAAACGAACGACCGAAGCACGGGAAGCGCUGAAAAAGGCACAGAUCGUUUGUUUCGAUGUUGAUUCGACCAUCAUCACGGAGGAAGGAAUCGAUGAGUUGGCACAGUUUUGCGGCAAGGGCAGUGAGGUGGCUGCACUCACGAAGGAAGCGAUGGGAGGUAGCAUGACGUUCCAGGAAGCGCUAAAACGUCGCCUAGACAUUAUUAAACCCUCGCAGCGACAGAUCCGCGAAUUUCUUAAAACACACCCAUCGACCAUUUCGGCCGGCGUGAAGGAACUGAUCGAGCAGCUGCGCAAGAACAAUGCGGAGGUGUUUCUUAUUAGCGGUGGGUUUGAUUGUUUGAUCGAACCGGUAGCGGAUGCGUUGGAAAUUCCGCUUUGCAAUCUGUACGCGAACCGAUUGUUCUUCAACUACAAUGGAAGUUAUGCUGGAUUCGAUACGGCACAACCUACGUCCCGAUCGGGCGGCAAGGGUGAAGCAAUCAAGAUGAUUCGCAGCGUAAUGGCGGGUGGUGUAGGAUCGGGAUCGGAUAAGGUGGUUGCAAUGAUUGGGGACGGUAUGACCGAUUUGGAGGCCUGUCCACCGGCCAACAUGUUCAUUGGCUACGGUGGUAAUGCGGUCCGGGAAGAGGUACAAAAACGGGCAACGUACUACGUAACCAACUUUGCCGAUCUGCUCUGGUGAUCGAAUAGUUGCAACCCUCUACUACUUCCUUG